GGGGGCAGGGUGAAGGGUGUUACCAUUGUGAAGCCGAUCGUGUAUGGAAACGUCGCACGGUAUUUUGGGAAGAAAAGAGAAGAAGAUGGGCACACUCACCAGUGGACGGUUUACGUCAAGCCUUACCGAAACGAGGAUAUGUCUGCCUAUGUGAAAAAAAUUCAGUUCAAGUUGCAUGAAAGCUAUGGUAAUCCGUUAAGAGUUGUUACCAAACCACCGUAUGAAAUCACCGAAACAGGCUGGGGUGAAUUUGAAAUAAUCAUUAAGAUAUUUUUCAUUGAUCCAAAUGAAAGACCUGUAACCUUGUAUCACUUGCUGAAACUAUUUCAGUCUGAUACCAAUGCCAUCCUGGGAAAGAAAACUGUAGUUUCUGAAUUCUACGAUGAAAUGAUAUUUCAAGAUCCUACUGCAAUGAUGCAGCAGCUGUUAACAACAUCUCGUCAGCUAACGCUAGGUGCUUAUAAGCAUGAAACAGAGUUUGCAGAUCUUGAAGUGAAAACCAGGGAAAAGCUGGAAGCUGCCAAAAAGAAAACUAGUUUUGAAAUCGCUGAGCUUAAAGAAAGACUAAAAGCAAGUCGUGAAACCAUCAACUGUUUAAAGAAUGAAAUCAGAAAACUUGAAGAAGAUGAUCAGUCUAAAGAUAUGUGAUGAGUGUUGACUUGAUGAAGAGCUUAUACUGAAAACAGAAGGACUUCAGUCAUGGAAUUCUAUGUGUUGUCUUCAAUUCUGUCACUGAGACUAUGCGAAUUUCACUUGCAAAUGAUUGAAGUAUGUGGCAAUUGACUUCAUAAAUGGAGGAAAAAAGAAAGAAUGUAUCCUUGUUUUAUACUUAAAAUCUGUAGGUACUUAACGAUUUAGUUCAAGUAGAAGGGGUCUUGGAGACCAGGCUUCUUUUUUUUUUUUUUUUUAAACUGUAUUUGUGUGGUAUAUGAAAACUU